AUGAACGGCGGGGCAAUAACAACGGCCAUGCAACAAGCAGCCCACGCCGCUUGCAAAAGUUAUCCCUUGCACGGUUGCAGCAACAGCAGCGGCUCCUUGGGGAUCAAGCUGCAGGCGGGGCAGAGCGCGGGCUCCUCUUCGGUCGGGCAGCAGCAGUGGGCUGUUGCAAAGGGCUGUCCCGGCCCGGCCCAGCAGCCCUCCUCCACGGCUCGCUGCAAAGGCUCCAAGCGUCGCUCCAGCUCCCCGGAGCUUCUGCGUUGCAAGCGGCGCUUGGCGUUCCCGGGCCUGGCGGCGCAGCAGAGCGGGAGCGGCGCGGCGGCCGUGGCGCGCCGCAACGAGCGCGAGCGGAACCGCGUCAAGCUGGUCAACCUGGGCUUCCAGACCUUGCGCCAGCACGUGCCCAACGGCGCUGCCGCCAAGAAGAUGAGCAAAGUGGAGACGCUGCGCUCGGCCGUGGAGUACAUCCGCGCCCUGCAGCAGCUGCUGGACGAGCACGACGCCGUGAGCGCCGCCUUCCAGGACGGGCUGCUGCCGCCUCCCCGCCUGCCCCCCAACGGCACCGCUGCCGCCUGCGCGUCCGGGGGCAGCGGCAGCUCGUACUCCUCCGCCUCGCCCUCUUUCGACGGCCGCGAGGGUAGCUCGGUGCCCGGCUCGCCGCACUCGGCGUACUCCUCGGACGAGAGCGGCUACGAGGGCGCGCUCAGCCCGGAGGAGCAGGAGCUGCUCGAUUUCACCAGCUGGUUCGGGAACUACUGA